AUGCUGUCUUCCAAGCUCACUUUGAACAACAUCUCUGAGGAGGAGAUCAAGGGCAAGAGAGUCCUCAUGCGCGUUGACUUCAACGUCCCCAUCAAGGAGGGUCGUGUUGCUGACAAGACCCGUAUUGUCAAGACCAUCCCCACCAUCAAGCGCGUCAUGGAAAUGGGUGCCCAGAGCAUCGUCCUUAUGAGUCAUUUGGGCAGGCCCCAAGGUCAGAGAAAGGAGGAGUUCUCUCUCGCCCCUGUUGUCCCUGUUCUCGCCGGUCUGUUGGAGCACGAGGUUACCUUCGUCCCCGACUGUGUUGGUGAUGUCGCUAUCAAGGCAUGUGCCGCCCCUGCUCAGGGAAGUAUCAUCCUUCUCGAGAACCUCCGAUUCCACAUUGAGGAGGAGGGCAAGGGUGUCAAUGCUAACGGCGAGAAGGUCAAGGCUGCUGCUGAGGACGUUGCCGCCUGA